UCAUGGACCACUGACAUUGAGUGGUUGGGCUGAAUAAGCUUUCAACAGGCUUGAUAAUGAACUAUGAUACCGUGAUCAUUUUGAUUGUAACUCCCAGCAACAAUCUGGGAAACUAGAUGAGGACAGGCUGCUCUCUUGAGAAAUAUGUUCUCCAGAAAUCGUUUCAAUGGACAACAUGGAGCAGGUGUUGCUCCUAAAGGAGGCACAAAGGCAAAAGUCCAUUCACCCAAAAAGAGAGCUCCAAACCCCAGGGUAGCACUGGUCAUACGGGGUAAAAUACAUCGUCUCUUGCAAGGGUCUGCAGACCACCAUGUCCCAGAUUCCCAAUUUGAUUAUGGAGGUAUUGAGGAGGAGGAGGAAGAUGGGGAAACACAGGAGGGCAGAAAGGAGCACAGAAGCAGAUAUCCAAAGGUUAUCCCCAGGGCUGAAGCCUAUUCUCCAAAAGUGUCUAACGGUAAAGGACAUGGAGUAGCACCGGGGCCGUCAUGUGUGGGAGAAGUGGAGCUGAACAGAGAGGGAUGUAUAAGAAUACCAUGCACUUUACAGCAUAAAAGCUGCAGAUCCCCAGUAAAUCGGAAACGAAUCUCCUUUGAGGGUGAAAUUCAGGCAACACCUGAGCAGAUGCGAUCACCCCCGCACUACAGACCAAUAGGCCCAGACGUGAAUGGUACUAAAUUUGCAGGAGCAGCUGGAGGGGAUUUUUCUUCACCCCGUAUUCGGCCAAAGAGACCCUUUUCUACUGGUGACUGUGUGGACUACAACUUCAACAGAACUCUCCCAGGUACACUGCUGGAAGAGGAUGAAGAUCAAGAGGAGGAGUCAAGUGCUAUCAUUGAGCACAUUCUUAAAGAGCUGAGGGGGAUAAAUAAGAUCCAGGAGGAAAUCUCGGACCUCAGGGAUUACCUGACCUCAGUUCGAGGGUCAGUUGAGGAAGUGUCAUCUUGUGUAGAUGCUGUCUUGUUGGAGAUUGAGGGCAUUCGUUCUAGCAACAAGGCUGGCUCAGGGGUACACGCAGGUACCUGGUCAGGGGUAGGAUGCAAAGAUGGACCAUCCACCCGCAGAAGGCCCGCUAGUGCUUAUGGCAGUUUAGGUAGUGCAAUGCCAAAGUCUGCUUCAAAUAUUUUUCCCCAAGUCUGCAAUGAGCAUCAUGGCAUCCAUGGAGAAUUACUGUUAUCAAGGGCAGAAGAGUGUUCUGUGUCCCCAAUUGCUGAAUCAGUGGAUCAUCAGGAACUGGAGGAACCAGAGGACACCUCUGACCAUAGCUCGGAUAUCCUAAUAGGUGCGAUAGCAAGAAAGCUCAGUUUUGGCUACUUUGAAAGGCUGGAUGGCCAAAGCUGUCCAAGCACUAGCUCCUUGUCUUCUGGUCAUAGUGAGUCAGACCUAGAGAGACCAUCAUCUAGUCAUGGGAGGAAGCAGCAAAGACCUAAUGAUAGGGAGGAACAUUGGUCUAACACUGUUCCACCACACAGUGCCUCUGGGCAAUCUGCAUGGCAUAGAGAAACUGCUUACCGGAGGGACAUAAGUCUGGAGGAGCAUGAAGGUGAGAACCCUCUUAGCUGUGAAGGAGCUGGUAGCUGGGAUCACUACAGAGGUGCAGAAGGAUAUGGUACAUCAGGGCAGUGCUCCACAGGAAGCCCAGAACAUCUCUCGCUUCGCUCUGGGAAACAUUACAACUCACCUGCCAGCACUUCUAGCAGGGAGGAGUGGCAUUCACGGAGGAGAAGGCCUCAAACCCAGUCUGGGAUCAAUGUUCCAACAGAUAUCAACCUUGAAAAGCCCACUGUGGGAUAUGAAUGUGCUGCUGAUUUUUCCUACCCUCAAAGUUCUGGUUACCAUUCAGUUGAUGGGCACCAUGGAGAAGCAGAGGAAUUUGACUAUGGGCAAUCAAAUGAGCUGAGCUACACGACAGACUGUCACUAUCAGGAAACUUAUUUAGCCUACGAAGAGUCUUCAGCAAUGACAUGGACUGAGGCCUCCUUAUGUACCACUGUAGCUGAUGUGGAUAAACCAUUCAUCCAAGAGACUGAAGCCACCAACCAAAUCUUAGAAAACCGACUUCCUCACUCUGGCAGUGCAGAUGUCCAAGCUGGUGGUUUCAAUGUCAAACGUAUAGGUCGAGCUGUACUUGAUUUUAGCUCUGCCUUGCGGGGAGCAUUGCGCAAAAUUGAAGUACCUGGAGCCCAAGAAGCAGACUUUGAAAUAUCAAUGCCUUCUGACCUGCCUACAGCUGAGUUGCCUUCAAAACCUGUAUGCUAUGAGGCACAAUUUGAAAAAACAUUUAAUGAAACCCUGAAAGGUGAUGUGCUUGAUAGUAGUAGUGCUAUUGGGGAUUUGAGCAAACACAAUACUCUAGACAAAUUAAAUGUUUUUUCUUUUGAGCCUAUGCUUGAAGAAGCCAACAACAGCCUUACAUUGGAGUCUACAGACACCUGCCAACACCCUCCUUGUUUGGACAAUAUUCCCCCAUUCCCAGAAGAACUUUCAGUAUGCCCUGUCCCAAUUACCAGUAGCACUUCAAUGCUGCCUCCACCUUAUGGCCUUACAGAACAACCUGCUGGAAGUCCUACAGAUGGUCCUGCAGAUAUUACCAUUAAAGCCCAGCUUUUGCAAUGCACCACUGCAGAAUCCCUCUCGGUCUCCCUUUUGGCUGAUGAACCUGCAAAACUGGAGGAGCAGGGAGAAACUGAGGUGCCACUGCCACAGCAACCCACCACAGACACUGCGGGCCCAGAAGGCCAAGCAGAAGGCGAUGCAGCGAAGCCAUGCUUGGAGAUAAGCCAGAUGGAUGAACGCAGGCUAAAAUGCCUGAGGACCUUCCAGCAGAUUCUGCGGGAGAAGAGAGAGACCAGGCGCAACCUCGCCAGUAUGACUAUGUCCACCUUCUCUCAGGAUGACUUCGAACCAGAUGGAAGUCAAGAUGGAGAUCAGAGCCGAGAUCAAGAUGCUGACCCCAGCAAGCACCCAUGGGCCAAGCCAGGGGGAAACACUCCGUUUGGCAUUGACAGCAUGCCAGACCUCCGCAAGAGGAGGCCCAUUCCACUUGUUAGUGAACUGGCUAUGUCUAUGAUACAGUCCAGGAAAGCUGGACUUGCCCACACACUGGCCACACGGACCUCCCUGAAAGAUGAAGAGCUUAAAAACCAUGUGUACAAGAAGACCCUGCAGUCUCUGAUCUACCCAAUCUCCUGCACAACGCCACACAAUUUUGAGGUCUGGACGGCCACUACGCCCACCUACUGCUACGAGUGCGAGGGUCUGCUGUGGGGAAUCGCCCGGCAGGGUAUGCGCUGUGCGGAGUGCGGGGUCAAAGUGCACGAGAAAUGCCAAGAGCUGCUGAAUGCUGACUGCCUGCAGAGAGCGGCCGAGAAGAGCUCCAAGACCGGCGCGGAGGACCGAACGCAGCACAUCAUCAUGGCUAUGAAGGACAGGAUGAAGAUCCGCGAGAGGAACAAGCCGGAGAUCUUUGAGGAGAUCCGGAAGGUGUUCAACAUCACCAAGAUGAUCCACGUCCAGCACAUGAAAAGCAUCAAGCAGAGCGUCCUGGACGGCACCUCCAAGUGGUCUGCCAAGAUCACCAUCAACAUCGUCAGUGCACAGGGUCUCCAGGCCAAAGACAGAACGGGCUCCAGUGACCCGUAUGUCACCAUCCAAGUUGGAAAGACCAAGAAGAGAACAAAGACCAUCUACGGCAACCUGAACCCAGUCUGGGAGGAAAAGUACAGCUUCGAGUGUCACAACUCAUCGGAUCGUAUAAAGCUGCGUGUUUGGGACGAAGACGAUGACAUCAAGUCGCGAGUGAAGCAGCGUCUGAAGAGGGAAUCUGAUGACUUUUUGGGUCAGAGCAUCAUCGAGGUCCGAACUCUGAGUGGAGAGAUGGACGUCUGGUACAACUUGGAAAAGAGAACCGACAAGUCGGCGGUGUCUGGUGCCAUUCGUCUUCAGAUCAGUGUGGAGAUUGAAGGAGAGGAGAAGGUGGCACCCUACCACGUACAGUACACAUGCCUUCAUGAGAACAUGUUCCACUACUCGACGGAUGUAGAGGGAGGCGGCGUCGUCAAGAUCCCAGCGGCUCAGGGAGACGAUGCGUGGAAGGUUUACUUUGAUGAGGUGCAGCAGGACAUCGUGGACGAGUUCGCCAUGCGCUAUGGCAUCGAGUCCAUAUACCAGGCCAUGACUCAUUUCUCUUGCCUGUCUUCUAAGUACAUGCUGUCAGGGGUGCCAGCAGUGAUGAGCACCCUGCUGGCCAACAUCAAUGCCUUCUACGCCCACCCAAUCGCCUCCACCAACGUCUCUGCUCCGGCCAGAUUUGCAGCCUCCAACUUCGGGAGAGAUCGUUUUGUGAAGCUCCUUGAUCAGCUGCACAACUCCCUGCGUAUCGACCUCUCCAUGUACAGAAACAACUUUCCAGCCAGCAGCAAGGCUCGCCUCCAUGACCUCAAGUCAACAGUGGAUCUUCUCACCAGCAUCACCUUCUUCAGGAUGAAGGUCUUAGAGCUGCAGAAUCCUCCUAGGGCCGCCAACGUGGUGCGAGACUGCGUCAAGGCCUGUCUGAACUCCACCUACGAGUACAUCUUCAACAACUGUCUGGAGCUCUUCAACCGCCAGUUCCAGCCCGCUGUCCAACCUCCUGAGCCAGAGAAGAAAAAGAAAAAGAAGAAAGAAAAAGCAGAUGGAGAGGAAGAGGAAGAUGAUGAAGAGGAAGACGAGGAGGAGGAGGAGGAGGAGGAGAAGAAAGAGGAAAACCAGCAGGAGGAGCAGGGCCCGAGCAUCCAGAAUCUAGACUUUUGGCCUAAACUCAUCACGCUCAUCGUCUCCAUUAUUGAGGAGGACAAGAACUCCUACACACCCAUCAUUAACCAGUUUCCUCAGGAGCUCGAUGUGGGUAAAGUCAGCACUGAGGUCAUUUGGAGGCUGUUUGCUCAGGACAUGAAAUAUGCCCUGGAGGUUUUGUGUAAAGUUGAACUCUGCCGCUGGAACAACGCUCCCACCACAUUUCACAUCCGCAAAAUUGAUUUCUACGCUGAACAUGAGAAGCAUAGACUCUGUAAGACUGCUGACUACAUGAACCUGCACUUCAAGGUCAAGUGGCUUUACAACGAGUAUGUUAAGGACCUGCCCGCCUUCGCAGACACUGUGCCUGAAUACCCUGCGUGGUUCCUCCAGUUUGUCCUGGCCUGGCUGGCUGAGAACGAGGAAGUGUCGAUGGAGUUCAUGCACGGGGCGCUGGAGAGAGACAAGAGAGAAGGGUUCCAGCAGACGUCUGAGCACGCUCUGUUCUCCAGCUCGGUGGUAGACAUCUUCACUCAGCUCAACCAGAGCUUUGAGAUCAUCAAGAAGCUGGACUGCCCCGACCCCACUGUGGUGGCCCAUUAUAACCGACGCUUCGCCAAGACGAUCACCAAAGUGCUGCUGCAGUACUGUGCCCUGCUGGCCAAGAGCUUUCCCUCCUACUGUGAGAAGGAGAAGAUACCCUGUGUGCUGAUGAACAACAUUCAGCAGAUGAGGGUCCUGUUGGAGAAGAUGUUCGAGUCGAUGGGAGCAAAGCAGUUAACUGCUGAGGAGGAGAUGCUUGAGAACGAGGAGGAACCCGAGGAGUUUGAUGAGGAGGCCAUCACUGACAAUGAAGGAGAGGAUGACAUGUCUGCCUGCUCAGACUCAGAGGGAUCUGAGGUUGACAACAAAGAGAAGGAGAACAAGGACGAGUCCUCAGGCUAUGAUGACAGUGAGGAGGAGCAGGAGAAGCUUGAUAAGGAAAAGUCCAAGAAGGAAAAGGCUGAAAAGAAAGACAAAGAGAAGCAGGAGGAAACAAAGACUAAACAGUUAAAGGAGGAAGUUAACAAGACUGAAGCCACAGCUGCCACAAAGAAGCUGGAUGUAGAGGCAGCUGACAUCCUCAAUGAGCUGCAGGUGAAGCUCAGCACCUUCCUGGAUAACUUCAGCACCAUGUUUGCCAAGAGUUUCCAGACUCGUAUUAACGGCUGCAUGCGUCAGAUGGCUGAGAUCCUUUACCAGAUCAAAGGCCCGCCCAACCACAACACUGCAGAGGCAGAUGCUGACGCCGUGCUGAGGCCCCUCAUGGAGUUCCUGGAUGGGAACCUCAGUAUCUUUGCUGACAUCUGUGAGAAGACAGUGCUGAAGAGGAUUUUGAAGGAUCUGUGGAAGAUCGUCCUGAGCAGCUUGGAGAAGUCUAUCGUCCUGCCUCAGAACAACGACAGCCUGGGUGCCCAGCUCCUCACAGCAGCUAAAGGACUGUCGAAUCUCAAGGGAGGUGGGGAAGCCAAGACCUUGACGCCCAAACAGUGUAUAAUUAUCGAUGCAGGGCUGGAGACGAUCAAGCAAUACUUCCAUGCAGGAGGAAAUGGGCUGAAGAAGGCGUUUGUCGAGAAAAGUCCUGAACUGGCUUCACUGCGUUACGCCCUCUCACUCUACUCCCAGAGCACCGAUGCUCUCAUCAAGACCUUUGUCACCACACAACACUCCCAAGUGCAUGAUGGGAUGGGCAUCAGAAUCACUGGCAAUGAGAAGAUUCGACCUGAUAGGGGCUCUGGGAUAGAGAAGCCCAUCGGAGAGGCCAUUCUGCAGAUCGACAUGAUGCUCGGGAAGGAACGCAAAGUCAUUGUCAGAGUCAUUGCAGUGAAUGACAUUAAAUGGCAGACAUCAGGGAUGUUCCGGCCUUUCGUGGACGUCUCCAUGAUUGGUCCCUUCCUGGCCGACAAGAAGCGCAAGUUCACCACAAAAUCCAAGAACAACAGCUGGUCGCCAAAGUUCAACGAGGCUUUCCAGUUUGUCCUGGGUAAAGAAUCCCCAGACUGCUAUGAGCUCCAGGUGACAGUAAAGGAUUACUGUUUCGGCCGGGCGGACCGGGUGGUCGGCAUGGCCAUGGUUCAGCUGCGUGACGUCGCUGACCGCAAGAGCUGCGUGUGCUGGUGUCCGCUGGGGCCACGCAUUCAGACCGAUGAGACGGGCUUGACGGUGUUGCGCAUCCUGUCCCAACGGCCUGCCGACGAGGUGGCCAAGGAGUUUAUCAAGCUGAAAUCUGAAACUCGUCCUGUGGAGGAGGGCAGAUGAGCAGGGACACUGACUCAAGAUCAUAGACUUGUUGGAAAAAGUGAAACUGACAUGGAGCACGGUCAGGGUUUAGAGUCAGGGCUACGUGGCGUUGUCUGUUGUUAACGAGCACUGUCAUCUUCAUCCUCAGUAAACACGGACCACUAACGACUCUGACGUGAAGGAGAUCCUUCCAAAGACACGGUAGACACAAGCAAGGUUGACUAUUUGUCACAGUUAGGAAAGAAACUUGUUUAAUUCAAUGGGCACAUUUUGAAAGCAGAUGCUUUCUAAAAAUGUUGAAAAAGAACAUACUCAGCACCAUAUCAUAGCUAUCAAGUGACAUAUGGAUUUAAAUCACCAUCUCAGAGGUAAAAAAUUGUUUAACUUCAUUGGAGAAAAACUAUUGACAUCUUCUGAUUCUGAUGACGGACUAUUUUGGUCAUCUGUAGCAAACUGAAUCUGUAAUCUGUUGGCCAUCAGAGAUGCUAAGCCACAUCUUUUUUUUACCAAACAUAGAUUCACUGGAAUGAAUGUACUUGAGUCUCUGUUUACCUGACAGUAUGAAAAGAUGUGAACAAGGCACCAAAUUAAUGAUCAUAAAUACCUAUGACAUGAGAUGAAAGUGAGUUGGAGGAAGUUAUCCUAGAUUAUUGUACUGUUUGAGCCUCUGAGGCCUUUUGAUCUCUAACAAAUAUCUUAUGACAUCGGAACCACUGUUGACUCUGGUAUCCCAACACACUGUUUUUCCAAAAGAAAUGGUAAUUAGAGUAAAAAAAACGCAUUCAAAUGAACCAAUGUCAUACUUAGCAUGAGCUUAAGUUUUUAUAAAACAUUUAAGCAGGUAUACCAAUGGAACUUGAGCAAAAAGAGCGACAUUAAAACAUCUUAUGGUCCUUUUUAAAAGGAAAAGAAAGUAGUCAGACUAUGUCAAUCCAGAAAGUGAAUGUUAUAAAAUGGCAGUGUGUCUGCAGUAAAAUACUGUAGGACAGGCAUAUUCUGUUUAGUCAAAACAAAGAAGAAGUGUGUCAAGAUGCUGUUGUUGUGUGUUGCCCAAUAGUGAUGAAGUUCUGGUAAUAUUUGUUCCAGACUGAAAAUAUAAAACCUUAAAAAUAAAGAAAGAUGACACACUUAUGAAUUGUGUAGCCUUAAAAUAAAACAAAAUUAAAAAAAAGCUGGCUAGCUAAGUCACCGUACUCUGUAGGAUUCAGAGAGAUUUAAAACAUGAAUGAGAAACACUGACUUGUAAAGUAAAAAAACGUUUUAUUUCAGAAGCAAAGAACUAUGGGUAUAAUAGUCUAGUUUAAAGUAUCUGACUGACCUCUGGACUGUGGCCUGCCGGACAAAGUGCAGCUUCUCUGGACUGAGCAGAAAUGCAGUGUCAGAGGUUUUAAAUUUAGCUCUUCUGAUUUGCCAAGUGUUUAACUGUGACUGUGAACACUGUCGACCUGCUCUGAAUGGGAACAAUCUAAAAGUUGGCAACCUGUUUCCAGUGGUUAAAUAGUGUGAACACCUUUAUGGAGGACCAGAAAUGGACCUUUAAGAUUUUUACAGUUUUAAAUCGAAUGAGAACAAAAGCCCUUUCCGAUGCCACAGCCUUGCCACGCAUGCCCAAUCACAUAAUGUACCAAUCAUAUGUUUAUAAAUAACUGAUUGGUGUCUUUGCAUUAGGCACACUACAAACUUGGACCUAGAUGAGAAAAAAAAACAUGCAGACAGGUUGUUCAAUUGACUAAUGUGUAACUGGGUUUGAUCCACACUCUUGUAUGUUUACUACGUGCCAAGGAACGCAAGUGUUCAGCGAGCCAUGUUCAACUAGCUGUCUUCACAUUUUUUGGGGCAGUUGUUUGCGGACAGAUGUGGCCAUUGUAGAUGUCCAAAUUCUUACUGCACGUUUGCUCAAAUUGGAUGCACUUUGGCUACAGACUCAACAGGAUCUGUUUUGGAUCAUUUAGAUAAGAUAGUCCGGAAACUAGUUUAGAGUUUUGUCUUUGAUUCUGCUUUAUUAAAGUGAACAUAUGCUUGUCCACAGAAGGGUACAAGUUAUUUUACAAUGGCCACAGCUGGAGUGACAACUGAACGCUUGCACUCUGUUUAAAACUAACUGUAAGUUUGUAAAAAAAAGAGAAGAAAAAAGAAAUAAGCCUACGAGCAGAGCAUGUAUUUAUUGUACACAAAGUCAACUAGAAUUGUGAUCUUUUUCAUGUAUGUACUGUGAAAUAUAAAGACUGAUCAAAUGUAUGUAAAGUAGUUAUCAUUCUAAUGUGACAUAUCUUGAAUAUGCUUGUAACAAUAUUUUGUACAUAUAUUUAUGAAUCAAA